AUGCGUAUCUUCCGGAUCCUCCGCUUCCCCUCCACCACCUCGAUCAUCAGCACAUUUUAUCCACUAGGCAUGAGCUUCGCCGGGGUAGUUCCACCUAACAAUGGGCCGGGCUCUCCCACGACGCCGGGCGGCCAGAUUUCCAGUCACAACCGUAAACGUGGGAUGGGGAGGACAGCCUGCUCGCGUUGUAAAACAAGGAAGCAGAGGGUUGCCCGUCUGCUCCAGCUGUACAAAAGCAAGGGCAACAUGCGACUUGCAAAAUAUUCGCGGCGAGGACCUGGUCGUGGCAAAGUCGCCAACCUAGAGAUCCAACUCCAGCGGCACCAGCCCGCGCGGGCUGAACAGCCGGAUGCGAGGUUUCCUCCGGGCGGGUUGCCGGGGCGUAUCAGCAUUGGCGAUAUUCAAGUCAACUCUCUUUGUUUCGAUUUACCCGAUACAUCUUCGUUUGCCGACUCCUCACAGUUUGGGCUUCAUCUUGCCCUUAAUCUCAGUGACGUCGCGCAAGCAUCGACGGUGAGCAAGGCAGGAACGCCCAGCCCCCAGUCAACCGGGGGUUUCCAUUCUCAAGAUGAUCGUUUGGAUACCUCGCCCAGUGCGGGAAACUAUCCAUUCACCGCUAUUAUGGACAGCCGCACAGAGGGUGCUGGACCACCUCCAGAGGACCUGGGUACGAAGCUCAUCGAGACCUACUCGGAGAGACUAGACUGGAGGUAUCCUUUCCUGGAUCUGGGACAGAUUUUGGAACUGCACGAAGAGAGAGAAGCCCUCUCGCGUGUAGAACCACAGUCCCUGACAGUGAGCCAGCGAUUUGGAUUAUUCAAAUUGUACCUCGUGUACGCUGUAGGGUCCGGACUGCUUGCUUUAACAGAAAAACAGACAUCCUCACCGACGCCGGAGGCUUUUUAUGCAACAGCCAUACAGCAUAUUUCAGCGGCACGAGAACCUCAAUCGCUCGAGAGCAUUGAGGCCAUGGUUCUUCUGGUGAUUUUCCACCUCCGCUGCUCCCUUAGCCAAGAGCUAUGGUACUUAAUUGGGUUCGCCAUGCGUACCUGCAUUCACCAGGGGAUGUACCUUUCCCGGCGCGAAGUCGAUUUGCCCCCUGCGACCAUUCAAAAACGACGAAAACUCUUUUGGACUGUUUACUCCCUUGAGCGCAACAUUUCCAUCGCACUCGGCUACCCUGUCAGUCUCCCUGAUCGGUUAAUCGACGUGGAUAUGCCCACUGUGAUGCGAGAGGAUGACCACAAAUUGCGGCAGGCCAUUCAUAUAUUCCAACUCAGGAGAAUUGAGUCUCGCAUUCAUCAUUCUAUAUACCGCAACGACCGCACCUUGCAAGAUCUAUUACCCAAGACGAGAGGACACUACCAGCAGCUGCAGGAGUGGAAGGACCGUAUAGUGGCGUCUGUGGAUCUAUACAGCAGUCGUCGCCUAGACUACUUCCUUCUUCACUAUCACCGGGCCACGCGCCUCCUUAUCCAGCCUUUCCUCUCUAUCUUGCCAAGCUCUGACCCUUACUAUAAAGCCUGUCUAGAAUCCGCGGGUCAGAUCUGUCAAAUUCACAAGAGACUGCAUCAGAACUCCGAUUAUGGACACAGCUUCAUCGCCGUGCAGACCGUCUUUGUUUCCGGCAUCGUGCUGCUCUACUGCUUGUGGACGCAUGCGAGUGACGUGUGGAGUGUGCGGUUAAGCAAUAAUAUUCGAGCAUGCUCGAGCGUCCUGUUCGUCAUGGGAGAACGAACUCCAUGGGUACGACGAUAUCGUGACGCAUUUGAGGCGCUGGUGAGCGUGACCAUGGAGAGACUGGAAACACAACAGACAGACGCUGGAGUAGAUGGUACGGGAACCACAGAAGAUAUUCCCAUGAACGAUACUGCAGUCCCGGUGGUCCAAAGUACUGAAAUUGGUGGAAAUGCAGCCGUCUCGAGCGGGGAGUUUAUGAAUGGACCCGAAUCUGUCCCAGGAGAGCCUAUGCCGCCGCCGCUGCAGGUAUUACAGGAUCGAUGGAUGGAGUUCGAUACCAUGGCGGUUGUGAACGAGCUUGCAACUUGGGCAGAUCCGGACACCCCUUCGGCGCAAAUACCUUGGACACUCGGUUAUGGGAACUUCGGCGAUAGCUGUUGGGAGGAAUGGCAGUUGCCAUAG